AUGGUUUUGUAUAAACGAAAACAAGUGACGUUUGUUCGUCCCCCAGAGGUACCUUCUGAUUUAUCAACGGAAAUUUUCAUCAUCCCCCAAACAAAAGAAUGGUUCAUAGAGUACGAGGAUUAUCUCAACCGCAUGGACUACUAUCACAGGCGAAAGUUUGUAUGUGAAAUAACUGGUAACUCAUGCCUAACUUUCUUCGAAGCCUUUGACUCAGAACUGAAAGAAAUAAAAGAUGUUGAAAAGAACUUCCCAGAAGCUUUGCGUGAGCAUAUUCUCCGGUUUCUACAAUUCAAUCGCAUAUCAAGACUAGACCAACUAGUAGAUAAAGUGUACCUGGUAUUCAAAAACGAGUACUUUCCUGGGGAAGAAGUCUACGUCAAAAAUCCAGUCGCAACAAACACCAAUAACGCGGCGAAAGUGAACGAUGAACAAUCCUUCAUCUAUGUAUCCACUAUUAAACAGAAGGGAAUCAUCAGAGAAAAAGUGCAAUAUAGCAAUCCUUUCGAUACAAAAUAUCUUGUUGCUACAAUGAACGAUGAUCGUCAAAUCAUCGCAACGAAUGAACAAAUAUCUAGAGACCGCAAUCAUUUUACGAAAUGGCUCAUAAAAACUUUUGUGAAACUUACCGUCACUAGAUCCCAUAAGGUUGGUGCCCCAUGGGUCGUCAAGGAGAAGUAUGCAAAGAAGUACAGGAUCCCCAAUGAGUAUCCAGAGGAUUUAAAACAUUUCGAAAGCUCCACUCCGACGGGAAAUGUUUUGUAUGAAGACGAAAUCGAGAGGUCAGUCACGCCAAUGCCCCCUACUGAUUCAAAGGGCAAAAAGCAACGUGAAAAGCAAUUGAAGAAGAAAGCUACUUUAAAUGCAGCGUCUACUUCAUCACACCUAUUUGAUGGUCUGUUGGAUGAAAAGGACAUGAGAUCGAGUAUUAAGAAUGGAACCCGUCAAAGAUUCCUAGUGAAUCACCUACCAGCAGCAAUCCUGCGAGAAUUAAAAGAGAAUGAAUUGGCUACGCUCUCCUCUUUCCAGCCAUCGAAAAAGACAAUUGUCGAAGAUUUGAAUCUUGAUUUUGAUCUUCAAACUUACCGGCCGUGUCCUAAAAAAUUGAGUAUGCCAGAAAAUGCCAAACUUAUCCAUCAAAAUUCCCAAGAAAAAGUGCAACAAGACAUUAAUAAUAUAGAGGAGGUCGAUGCCAAGCAGAAUAAUUCAACAGAAACACAAGAUGACUAUUCCCCUGAGAAAACAUUACAAUUCCAAGAGCUUAAUUGCAUUCAAGAGGCACUCGAGUGUUGGACUUUCCUCAACAUUUAUCACUCAGUUCUCAACUUGGACACUUUUACUUUUGAUGACUUUCUUUGUGCGAUGAGCUGGAAUGCUGAACAAUUUCAGAAUAUUGGUCGCUGUGAGUUGCUUGAUGAAAUUUGGUGCGCAGUUCUAUGUGGAAUAAUGUCAAAUGAACAGCCCAAAAAGAACUCUAAUAAUGACGAGAGUAUGUCAGGACUUUUAAUCAAUUUACCACCGAAGACAAUCUUUGCAAAAUCAGGCGAAGAAAAAGUGGGUUGCAAGAAGAAACGAGGCAUAACGGGCAUGAUCAGAAUGUCAAGGUUUCUAAAGCAGAUUCUGAUACGAGUGAAGUGGAUACAGGGGAAUCAAAAGUCCCUCAUACAUUGUCUGCAAACGGGGCCAUGUCAAAGGAAGAUCAGCUAUUGGUGA